AUGGCGGAUGGUGAUGAUAGCGCAACCGUGUCCUGCGGGCGCCGCGACUUCACCCGAGUCUGCAGCCUGCGCACCUCCAUGGUAGCGGAUUCUGUAGUCCUCCGAGGCGCCGACAGGCUCUCCUCCGCGGUGAAGGAUUUCAAGCAAGUCUCAGGCUUGGAACCUUUCGUCGACGAGGCUGAGCGAUUGGCCAGGGAGGCGGAGCUGAUGGAGUUUCAUCGGGAGAAUGCGCGGUACAGGGAACAUCGCGAGCGGAAGAGGGCUGCGGAAGAGAGCAUCCGCGACUUCGAUCCCAAGCAAGGUGGCGAAUACUACAACAGAUUACGCUUCAUCGAUCUGACAAGGUUCGAUCUCGACGAGGAGUCGCCACUUGGUCCGAUGAGAUUUACUGAUGCUGUCUACAAAAAUGCGAAUGACUAUGAGCUGUGCGAGGGAAUAAACAUUUUCUCUGUGAAAAUUGGCAUCUUGGAUGUUGACUUCCCAAUCUAUGUUUAUGGCACUGUCAUUGCCAGAGACAGUUUGGACCAAAAGUGUGUUCAUCUCUUCCGCCGUGAUAGAGAUCAUUGCCAACUCAUCAACUCUGAGGAUGAAUCUUUGAUCUUGACAGGACCAAAACGAGGGCUCGCGUUGAUAAUUGAGAAUUAUGUUGAGAUUGAUCUGAAGAUUAAGGAUCAUCAAGGGCAGGACAAAGAACUCAGUAAAGGUAUCUUAUCGAUCAGGGGCAUAGAACGUCGAGAGUUGGAGCGAUGUGAGCUUGAAAAUGGCUCUCUUUCUACCAGGCUUAGUACUGUAGAUGUGAUGACUAGUGAUGGUACUUUUGAAGGAACCAUUAGAUUUACUCCCAAGAUCAGCAGCGGAGAAGAAGAAAUUAUAACUGUUGGUGUCACAGAGAUGCGUGUGAAGGUUGCUUGGUCGAUAAUGGACUUUUGA